UUUCUCCGGAAGUAACCGGCAGGGUUUUGACGCACGCCGUCACUUGUGUUAGACAAAACUGCAAAUCUGGAUUUAAACUCUUCACAACGGGAAUUCACAAACAAGAGCACUAUCAUUUCUAUUCGAUAACAGUGUUAAUACCCAUCUGUUAUGUCACGUUUUUUCGCCACCGGAUCCGACAGUGAGUCGGAGGAAUCCUCAUCUGCUGAUGAGAUCACCCCCAAAGCAUCUGGGACUACUUUAAAGCAGGCCCUGUUGCUGAGUGAUGAUGAGGAGGACACAAAGAGAGUGGUACGCAGCGCCAAGGACAAGAGGUUUGAGGAGCUCACCAACUUGAUCAAGACCAUCCGCAAUGCCAUGAAGAUUCGAGACGUGUCCAAAUGUCUGGAGGAGUUUGAGCAGUUGUGUCGAGCAUUCCUCAAAAGUAAAACCAUCGUGGACAAAGAGGGUGUGCCUCAGUUCUACAUCCGUCUGCUAGCAGAUCUGGAGGAAUACGUCAAUCAGUUAUGGGAGGACAAGGAAGGGAAAAAGAAGAUGAACAAAAACAACGCCAAAGCCCUGAGCACGCUACGCCAGAAGAUCCGUAAAUACAACAGAGACUUUGAGGCAGAGAUUGCCAGUUACAAAGAGAACCCAGAGCAGUCAGCUGAUGAAGAGGAAGAGAAGGAUGACAUUGAGAGUGGAGCAUCCUCAGAGAGUGAUGAUGAUGAUGAAGAAAAUGAAGGCGUUACAGCCAAGAACUUCAUGAAGAAGCCUCAAGAAGAGGAGAAGAAAGGCCCAGAGGCCAGCAAGUUCCUCAAGGGUGCAGCUAAUGAAGACUCAGAGAGUGAUGAUGAUGAUGAUGAUCAAGACUGGGGCUCUGAAUCAGUGGACAGCGGCAGUGACAGUGAAGGCAAUGAAGGAGGAGCAGCAACACUGGCUGGGGCCUUCCUCAAAAAAACUACUGAAGGCAAGCAUUCAGACCGUAAGAAGGAAGAGAGGAAGAAGAGACUCAAGAAGAAGGAGCGAGCGGAGGAAGAUAUUGAGGAAGAAGGAGAGGCUGAAGAGGGAGGAUGGGAGAAGGUGAAGGGAGGCGCGCCAUUGGUGAAGGAGAAGCCCAAGAUGUUUGCUAAAGGCACAGAGAUCAACAAUGCUGUUGUGGUCAAGAAACUCAAUGAGAUCCUGCAGGCACGUGGCAAGAAAGGAACAGACAGAGCUGCUCAGAUUGAGCUCCUUCACGCUCUCUCAGGCAUCUCUAAUGAGAAUAACCUCGGUGAGGGCAUCCUCGUCAAGAUCAAGUUCAACAUCAUCGCCUCUCUGUAUGACUACAACCCCAACCUGGCUGCCUUCAUGAAGGCGGAGAUGUGGAAAAAGUGUCUGGACUGCAUCGAUGAGCUACUGGACAUCCUGUUUAACAACAGUAACAUCUUCAUUGGAGAAAACAUUGCAGAGGACAGCGAAAACCUUGCCAUCUCUGACCAGCCGUUCCGUGUGCGUGGCUGUAUUCUGACUCUGGUGGAGAGGAUGGAUGAGGAGUUCACCAAAAUCAUGCAGAACACAGACCCUCACUCGCAGGAAUAUGUUGAUAACCUGAAGGACGAGGGCCGUGCGUGUGGCAUCAUUGACCGUCUGCUGCUGUAUCUGGAGACUAAAGGCAGCACAGAAGAAGUUUGCCGCAUCUACCUGCGCAGGAUCAUGCACACUUACUACAAGUUUGACUACAAAGCUCAUCGUCGCAGCCUGGGCCUACAGGGAGAGACUAAAUCCGAGCAGGAUCAGGAGGAGAGUGAGGGAGAGGACAGUGCUUUCAUCAUGGAUCGUUUUUGUAAGUUUAUCUAUGCCAAGGACCGCACAGACCGUAUCCGCACCUGCGCCAUCCUGUGCCACAUCUACCAUCAUGCCCUGCACAGCCGCUGGUACCAGGCCAGAGAUCUCAUGCUCAUGAGCCAUCUACAGGACAACAUCCAGCACGCCGACCCACCUGUCCAGAUCCUAUACAACAGGACUAUGGUGCAGCUGGGUAUCUGUGCGUUCCGUCAAGGCAUGAUUAAAGAUGCCCACAAUGCCCUACUGGACAUCCAGUCCAGCGGAAGAGCCAAAGAACUGCUGGGUCAGGGACUCCUUAUGAGGAAUAUGCAGGAGAGAAACGCCGAACAGGAGAAGAUUGAGAAGAGGCGACAGGUGCCGUUCCACAUGCACAUUAAUCUGGAGCUUUUGGAGUGCGUAUACCUGGUAUCUGCCAUGCUGCUGGAGAUCCCGUACAUGGCGGCCCACGAGUUUGAUGCCCGCCGCAGGAUGAUCAGCAAACAGUUCCACCACCAGCUGAGGGUGGGCGAGAGACAACCACUACUGGGCCCUCCUGAGAGCAUGAGGGAGCACGUCGUGGCUGCUAGCAAAGCCAUGAAGAUGGGUGACUGGAGGACCUGCCAUAGCUUCAUCAUCAAUGAGAAGAUGAACAGCAAAGUGUGGGAUCUAUUCCCAGAAACCCAGCGUGUGCGCGAAAUGCUCGUCAGGAAGAUUCAAGAGGAGUCGUUGCGCACGUACCUUUUCACCUACAGUAGCGUGUAUGACUCAAUCAGUAUGGAGACUCUGUCAGAGAUGUUUGAGCUGGAGUUACCUACAGUACAUAGUAUUAUCAGCAAGAUGAUCAUCAAUGAAGAGCUCAUGGGAUCUCUGGACCAGCCGACUCAGACAGUGGUGAUGCACAGGACAGAACCCACAUCCCUGCAGAACAUGGCCUUGCAGCUGGCUGAGAAAUUGGGCGGCCUGGUAGAAAACAACGAACGUGUGUUUGACCUCAAACAAGGCGUCUAUGGAGGCUACUUCAACAGAGAUCAGAAAGGAGGUUACCAGCAGAAGCAAGGCUAUCAGAGAGAUCAGAAAGGCGGCUAUCAGCAGAAACAGAACUACCAGCGAGGAGGCUACAGGUCCCAGAACCAGGGCUCCUACUGAUUCCAGUGCAGCCCGCUCCAAACACGCCUUCAUUCCAGAAUCAGACCGCAGGUUCCUCUGCUUGGCUGUCCAGCCACGUGCAUCUCCUCCAGAUUGAUUUCAAUACAUCAGCCUGUCUGCCUUACCCUUUGACUUGCAGAGCUGUAGUUGCAGAUAUCACAAAAACAUUUAAACUCAAUUUUAUUUUUAAGGACACCAUAAUGAACUACUUCUAUAGCGAGCAUGGGAGUUUUCAGCUUGUGGUGCUAGUUUAGGGUUCUGAGCUGAAAUAUCUAGUUAUUUGUUUUAAAACCUGAUGAAUUAAUAAAUGUUAUU